GGUCUUGGUGGCUGUUUUUGCAGCUCCUGUGGUAAAGCAGCAGCAGCUGUGGCCGUGGCAGGUUGUCGGUGUUGCUGAGCUCUGAGCUGUGAGCGCGGAGGGGAGGAGAAAAGUGCCGAGCUGCAGCGGCUCUGCUCAUUCAGCCUCCGAGCCAGCAACCAAACAGCAGCUCCAACUUCAGCGCACAUCGGAAAUACUGAGCAGGAAACGGGCAGCUGGAGGGACACCGACCGCUAACUGUCGCGUCACCUGCAGGGGGAUAAAAACACCUUCAGAGCCAUGCUGGAGUGACCCGUCCAGUUCCUGUCGAUCCAGGGUGACCAGUGAGCGGCUUAAGGUGGAUCGCAUCAUCAUGGAAUAAUAGCAUUGGGAGUCAAAGCUCGACCUCUUCCUCCUCGUCCUCCUCCCCCUAUUUCUUUUUCUCUCAGCCUCACUCUGUACUGAAGCCUCCCCCUAACAAACACUCACCCACCCACUCACUCAUGCAGGACCCUUCUGACCACUCCUCCCACGCAAGUCACGGUCCACUCCCACCGUCUCUCCAGCCAGUCAGGCGGUGAGCGGCUGGAAGCCGUGUAAUCCUCUGUAAAGUAUAGCGCCUAUACGGCCGCAUAUGCUCCCCUUUGUCAUGGCGGCUGUUGUUGUUGUGGAGGCCUCCCUCAGGAGAGAGCAGGAGGGACAGCAGAAGGCAGCAUAAAGCUCACAAAGGCAGGAAGGGUGAGAGAAGGAGACGCUGCAGAUUGUUCGGCUGGAGGCGAGUGAACUUCACAGGGCAGCGGAUGGUGCUCAGUCGGUGUGAGACUCCAUAAUGUGGGGCUGGCAUUAUCUCCCCAAACCAAACACAAAGUGGACCAACAGUCAGCUCUGGAGAUACCUACCACCUGCUGAGCAGCAGCGGGGAAUGCAGUGAGGACAAAGUGGACCACAUUUUUUUCUUUUCUUUUUUUGUGUCUCAGUGUGGAAUAUUUUUCUACUUUUGUUCUGUUUGGGGGUCUUUGUGCUUACAGCCUACCAAAAGUGCCUUUAUGUGUGACAUCGCCGCGUCUGACAUACUGAAGUUAAAUAUUUCACAGAUUGUCACUCACUUGACAUCCGCCGUGCGCUGCCAUAUUCUGGAUUAUAUAGGAAGGACAAGGCUUGACGCCACCCUCCACUAACCCUGACAAUCAUCACCUGCUACGCCCGAGCAGCAAGUUCCACCUGUCUCCACUGGACCCAUCCGAGCCGUCACCAUGUUCAGUAUUCAGUCCAAAUGGCGCUACCUUAUCAUGUUCCUGGGCAUCCAGCUGGUGGUGAUGGCGCUGCUGUCCCGAGAGGGAUACCAGAAGAGGGUCACUUACUUCAUACGCAUCUUCCGCAAGCCAGACGGGGGCGCUGUAUCAGGCCGCAACCACACCACACCCACGAUCAGUGGAGGGGACGUAUACGCCAACCUCUCCCACCUGCCCAAAGCUCACGGCCAUCGAGACGACAUGCCCUACUGUCCCAAAACGUCCCCUCUAAUAGGAGGGCCGAUCCACGUCAGCUUCCCGUCACGCCUUAGUCUGGCCGAGGUUGAGAGGAAGAAUCCGCUGGUGGUGCGCGGAGGACAAUACAGGCCGCCGGACUGCGUGGCGAGGCAUCGCACGGCCAUCAUCAUUCCCCACAGACACCGAGAGCACCACCUCAAGUUCCUGCUCUACUACCUGCAUCCGUUCCUGCAGCGGCAGCAGCUCAAAUAUGGCAUUUACGUCAUCCACCAGGCUGGAAACUACACCUUUAACAGAGCCAAGCUGAUGAACGCCGGUUUCCGGGAGGCCAUGAAGGAGGAGGACUGGGACUGUCUCUUCUUCCAUGAUGUGGAUCUCAUUCCAGAAGACGACCGGAAUACGUACGUCUGUGACUCGAACCCCAAGCACGCGGCCAUCGCCAUGGACAAGUUCGGCUACAAGCUUCCAUACAAGAUGUAUUUUGGAGGCGUGUCCGCUCUGACGCCCCUGCACUACCUUAAAAUGAACGGUUUCCCCAACAAUUACUGGGGCUGGGGCGGCGAGGACGACGACAUCGGAGUCAGAGUCUCUCUGGCUGGCAUGUACAUCACUCGUCCUUCUCUGAAGGUGGGCCGGUACAAGAUGAUCAAACACAAGCUGGACAAAGGCAACGACGUGAACCCAAAGAGGUUCAACAUGCUCGCUAAGACGCGUCAGACCUGGAGGGCGGACGGGAUGAACACGGUGGAAUACGAGGUCAUCUCGCGGGAAUAUCUGCCCCUGUACACCAACAUCACCGUGAACAUCGGCACGGAGGCCGGCCUGCACCCGCCGCCCCGGACUCCCGGCCCCGCUCCCAAGGCUGAAGCUAAAGACGCCGCUGAAAAGCCCAAAGAGAAGUAGUCCUCGCUACUCUCACUUCAGACGGAUAAUCCUAUCAGUACAUGCUGUAUGAAGGUGUUGGGCUUUUUUCCUCUCGAUUUUUCUUCUGUAAGUUUUGUCGCCCGAGUGUCGCUCCGCCUUCACGUCGUCGGGCGUGCUGGAUGAUGAAACCCCUAAAUCUGUUAAAGAUGGAUCAACUCUUCUAAGUGAUGUGCCGCUUCCUCCGGUCCUGCUCUAAUUUAUUCUUCUGAGGGAGCCGCAGCCGAGAGAGGGGGGCGGGGCUAACAGUUGGACUCUAUGAGUUUAUAUAUCUGCAGCGCUGUGGUCGCUGGUUUAACCGUGUGAGGCCUUAGAAUCUAUUUUUUUGUCUCGUCUUUUCACUCGUACCUUACUCUACCGAGGAUGGUGGAUUUGAAGGAGCAGCAGUCGCACUGUGUCAGACUCUCGUCUCAAAGCACCGAAGGGGUUUUCUGUGCUUCUGUUACCGUCAAGGCAAAGUUCUCGCUUCUGCACACCUGUCUGUGAACACCUUUGUUUUACAAAGACAAACGUAUCUUUUAAGAUUAUAGAUGAGUUUGUGGAAGUAGAUGAAGUUGCAGCUCCUCUUUUUUCAGCCUUUUACACCAUCUCCUUAAACUUCAGUAUGUCUGACGUCUUCUGAUUGAAUUCAUCUCUUCUGUCUGAGUUCAGUGGGGUUAAGCUUUGCAUCAAAAUGGAGUCUUUUUCUUUUCUCUGAUGCUUUAUAUGCAGUGAAUUUGGAUGUGACACUAAUUAUCCUCAAUCGGCACAAAUCUGGGAAAUUAAACGGAACGAUGAAAUUCAAUGGUCACAUUUAUUAAGCUAAUCAAACAUUAGAAGAAAACUGUAAUCAAUAUUUAAGGCCAAUGACAUUGGGCAAUAUUUGGGGUACUUUAUGUAAAUCCUGGUGUUUUUAAUAAUUGUUAAAAUCCUUUGGAAGAGGUUUCAAGAGAUGACGACACACUUUAGUGUAAUGCCAGUUACAUUACGAGUCACCUUAAAUAAGAACUUGUUGAUGGCGCUGAAUAGAAAUGCAAGAAGUUGAACAAACACUUGUGGUGAAACACUGCCCCCAGUGGUCAAAGUUGUAGUUACAUUUUGUAACUUUAAGGUGCCUUUAAACUAUUUUAAUUACUGAAACAAGAACACUGAAUGAUGGCCUUGCAGGAAAUGACAGAGAGUCAUUUUGGUACAAAUUAUUUGAGGAAACUGGCACCUGCUUUACCGCAGCCACCCACCCAAAUAGUGUUUAUGAGGCGAGUAUGGAGGGCAAAGUUUGUGUGUGUGGGGGGGGGGACAUGAUUUAUUUUUGUAAUUUAAACUAAAUAAAUAAAUAAAAUGUGGUUUGAAAAUGUAAACAUUCAAUUUUUAUGUAAUACAGAUUAUGUAGACGACAUGAGGCGGACAGACAUUAGCUCAGUCUUGAUUAUAACUGGUUAACUUGCCAAACAGACAGAAUUGAAAAAACACUAAUGUAAGUAUGAAUAAUGCAUGCAGGUGUUGAAUAUUAUUUUUUUAACAAACUGUGCACCAACACGGAAAUGGCUCAAAUGUAGUGUUUAACAAGAAAGUAUUUAUUUUCUUGUUAAAUUAUGCCUUUAUUUUGUUAGUCCUCAUCGUAUCCUACAUAUGCCUCAGUUUCUUCCACUGACAGAUCUGUGUGUGUGGGGGGCGUCGUCACCAGUGAGGCUGGCUGCAAAACCAAAGAGGAUGCUGACGGUGUGAAAAGCUGUGAAAUAAUAAAGUACAGUCCAAAUAUUUGUGUAACACUGUCGGUGCAGAAACACUACAGACCACACAGUAGUUUUCAGGUAUCAGACAGAGACUGUAUGUAAAAGAUGGCAGAUGUGUGGACUUCCUGUUUCAUGUGGCGGUCCAGAAUGAGCGGGCCUCUGAGGAGUCGCAGAACCAGCAUGUACAUUUAUUAAAGUAAAAAAUCUUUGAUGGGAAGGGUUGAUGUGAUGUCACAGUGGCUCCGUCCAUCAUUUAUAUACAGUCCAUUAUGUACGAUGCGAUGAACAGGAAGCAGUCAGUCCCCUCGACUGGCUCCACAUGUUAGUGCAGUCCUGUUUUUGGGGCCACCUGCUGGUCGUUAGAAAAGAUUGCAGGUUUAAGGCACGAUGCUACAGCCAUCUUUUAUAUACAGUUUGUGGACGGGGAUCAUUUUUGACGUUUUUUGUUUUUUUGCUCUGUAAAGACCUUCGUUUUGUCCUGUCCUGUGUGAAGACUAUGACUUUACUCUGAAAUCAUAUUCAACCUUUGGCCUUACACACUCGUAUAAUAUCACCUAUAUAUCUGUACUGGGAGUUGGCAUGCAUGGCCAAGAACAACUUAGUGCUGAAUACAUAUCAGUGCUCACUUCAAACAUAUGAAGCAUGCUGUGUUGUGAACUGGAAACUUGUAUUUUGAGCAUUUACUUCAGCGUAUCAAGCCGCCUCUACCUGUGAAUAUGUUUGAUUCUUUAAGCUGCUUAAACGUUUGCUUUGGUUUGACUCCGUUCUGAUGUGAAAAUAGAAAUCCGUAGCCGCAGAGUGAAGUUACCCAGGAUGAUGUAAUUGACUUAUUUCUGCGCCCCUUAUGAAUUCUGCACAGUCCAGAGUGGCCUUAAAUUCAUUAAUAAAUGAUUACUCAAGAAGA